CUUUCUUAUCUUGAAGCGUGAGAUGUAGCAUAAUUCAUAGCGUAGUCACAGCACGCAUACAUGGCUAGCACGAUGACAUGGACGGCCAAGCGACAAAAGAUUCAGCUGCAGCAUCAGGCCCUGCGAAACCACAGCGACCACCUGCUGGAGGAGCACAGCCAGGCCAUUGAGGUCGCUCAGGCGCACUGCCCUGACGAGUUUCGGGAGACCUUGGGGCAACUCACAAACAUCUCGGAGCGAGUCUCGAGCCACGCGUCCACGUGCAUUUCUAGUCUGGUUAACGUCGAAAAUUCUUACGGGGACCUGGUCGCGGAGCUUCAGCGCGAGAAGGAGCAGGACCAGUUCGCUGCCAGGCACCGCGAUUACGUGUCGAAAUUUGACGACCGCGCGUUCGUGUACUUGGUGACCUGCGUCUGCGUGGCCAGGAGGUUGCCCAUCACACAAGAGGCGCCAGCAGACCCGCGGCGUAGCUUCAAGUACCGCCUGAAGCGCCUGGUGGACGCCGCGGAGCAGUGCUCAGACGGGCCCUUCGUGGCAUACGUGCUCUCUACUGGCCACAAGACAGCGGUCAAGCAGCUCGCCGGCGGUGACCUGGCGCGGGCCGUCUACUGCAGCGAGCUGUGGGCCGCCGUGUUUGAAGUCGAGAUGGGCAUUGCGCCCACGCCUUGGCAGGAUGACGCGGUGCGGGCGGACCUGCCGCCAGGGACCCUGGGUUGGUAUGCGGCGUUCAUGGCCUUUGGCCAGGGCGCCUACCUCCUGCACCCGACAGCCGGGUCGUGGCUGCUGCCUGAUGCGAUGGCGGAUGCGGCGGGAGGGGCAGACAGCGGCACUCUGGUCUGGCGCAUCAAGGACGCCCCAGUACACGUGCAGCAGGUUGAGGAGCGCCCACUACAGCCAGCUCGCGUAACGUGUGACUGCAGCAGCUUCAGGGCUGUGGGUGCAGCCGUGGGCCGGUGCCUGCACACAGUCUACAUCAGCAGCCUGGAGCCACCGCCGCCAGGACCACCGCCACCAGUUCUCAUUCCCGCUGCCCGCUGUCCGCGCGUGGACGAUGUGUCCGUACAGCCCGGAGAUUACAUCUGGCUGCCGGACCGCAUGUUCGUGGCCUGUGUUGCUCGCAGUGGGCAGCUGCGCUGCUGCCACAGCGGCUGCAGAGGCGCAUGCCAGCAUGUGCUCGAGGUGCAAGCGGCAUUUGGUCCGCACCUUCCUACGCCAGCGGCAUCUCAUAGCCGGUCACAGCAGUCAGACCAGCAGACCGGGAGUGAGGCGGCUAGUGCUGGGUUAGCUGCUGUGGCGGUGGGCGGUGGUGGCGCAGCCGGCGCCGCGUCGGCGAGCAUACGGGAUGGGGCACGUCGGGCUGUAGUGGUGGAAGAGGAGGAGGAGCCUGCUGGGGAUGCGCUGCCGCUCCCACCGGCAGUGCGGUACCCGUACCCCUGCGACGCCACCACAGCGGUCACCAUGGCCGGAUGGGAGAAGGCCGUGCUUCUGUCAAGCCCGGACUUGGGUAACGGUGGCGGCGCCGGCGGCGCUGGCGGCGGUAGCGGUAGCGGCGGCAGCAGCGGCCAGCAAGGCUGUGCCCUUUCCAGUGGAGCGCUCUUGGACUUAGUUCCGCUGCUGCCCGCAGGCGGCGGCCAGUGUGCGUGUGGCAGCACCUACGCCCCUCGCCGGGUAUGCCCCGCGAUCGUGUAUGGCCCCCAGCACCUGGGGCCCAUAGACGCGCAGCUCCACGAGCUACGCUCUGGUUGCGGGAAGGCGAGCUGCGUGCUAGCUUACGACGGUGUGCACGAUGGCCUGUUCCGCUACAGCAGCCGCUCGUUCUUCAGCCUCCGCCACAUGUACACGGAUGCGGACCAGCUCAUUGGCAGCGGCAUGAACGUGGAGGCGUAUGCCAAGUCGCAGCAGCGCCUCGUGGCCACCACGCUGCCGCCAGACGCGCAGCGGCCGCAGCAGUUCACGGCAGGGCUGUUCAGGCGGUCUUGGCAGCAGUUCGAGGCGCAGCUCGACCGUUGCCACACCUUCUCGUGUCCGAGCUGUCGCCGCAAGCCGCAUGUGCUGGUCGGAGACGCCACUGCCAUCACCAUGUCCGUCGACCUCUACAUGGGCACACCAGUGACGGAUCGCAUUGUGCUGCCACCGUCUGACAUGGGCAAGCGGGCGCACAAGCGCGCAGACCGCUGCUGGUGUCCAGAGGAGAAGGGCCGCGCCGCGCGGCGUGGCUACAGCAGUGCGCCCCGGGGAGAUGGUAAAGACGUGUACGGGCAGAAGGUGGCGGGCUGGGCCGGCGUGGGAGACAGUGCCAAGCAGCACGACUCGCCGGCUGCUGUGGGCGCCAUGGAGGCCAGCCUGCCAGCGGCAGACCAGAGCAGCGGCCUGACGGCUGGCUUCCUGCGUGUCGCUUCCAAUGCCACGCACCAAUGGCGUGGGCGGAGCCCCAGGAUCGCCGGCACGCCUGGCCCUUCACGCACCGGCCAUAGCCGCGGUAGCGCUGAGCUCCCUUGUCGCCGUGACGGCCGACGAGUGCUGUCGCAGGCGCUUGGCGUCCUUGCACGGUAUGCAGAGCGCGCGCCGGCUGGCUCGCUGCUGCCAGUGGCCGCCUUCCUGCGCAAGCUGCGCAAGCUCGCCGUGCUGUGCGGCGAGGGCUAUGACGGCGGUCGUUAUUUCAGUGCCGCACAGCGGGGUGCGGCGUCUGCCGAGACGAGCGAGUGCCUGCGCACCGCGCACUGCUGUGGGGUCGGGAUCGCACGUCCACGGUAUGCCACGGAGAUGGAUGCGGCCAGCAAAGGCGGUGGGGAUGAGGGGGCGGCGGGUGGCGGCUCAUCCUGCUCGCACAAUUUCUGCGCGCGGGGGCCGCGGACAGGGGGCAUCUUCACGUUGUUUUGUGAGCACGGCGUGUGCUAUGCGUUUUUCGUGCUGCCGGGCGCGGAGGGGCGGGAUGAGAUGUACAGCUGGAUGGUGUCGUACCUAGAGGAGGCCCCCAAGGUGGUGGUGUAUGACUUCGCGUGCAGUCUGCAUGAGUACUGUCUGAACCGGUCGCCGCGGUUCUUCAAAGACACUCUGUUCCUGGUCGACCGCUUCCAUUGGAAGAACCACACCGGCUGCUCGCACGCCUACAACUUGUCGCUGUACCAGGACCUGCAGGGCCUGAACUCGGAGGUGGCGGAGCAGGUGAACAGCCUGCUGCAGCCGUACAAGCCCAUGGUCAGCCAGAUGCGGCAGGACAACUUCAUGUCCUGCCUGCGCUUUGUGUUGGGAGACAGGAACAGCCGGCGCAUUAGUUUCUUAAAAAAUAGAUAAACCUUCAUCCUGGGACAGCUCCAACUAACGCCCAACUAACGCCAGCAACUCGUCGGUACAGUAACUCCGGCGUUAGACCAGCCGCGCACUCUUGCCCUGCCUCUGCCAAUUGUUUGCCAUUUGUUGGGUAUGGGAAUUAGCUGCGCCCUAAGGGACUUUACCAACCUGCCUUGCCACUGUCCCAUCACACGCCCAACUAACGCCGAACGAACUCGUGCACGGCACCCCCACCCCCCUCAGCCGUACAGGAGCUGCGGUUGGGUGUCGGUAGCUGCCGCGGCUGGGAGCUGGUAGUUGUACGGUGGGCCGGCUGGGAAGCUGCCGAGCCUGGGGGCACGCACACGGGUCGUUGGCAUGAGUCGGGUAGCUGUACGGCUGGGAGCUGGAAGUUGCGCGGGAGACCGGCUGCGAAGCGACAUGAGUGCAUAGGUGUACGGCGGAGGUCAGGGGGUGGUGGCUGGCGGUUGGCGUGGCGCACGAGUGGGAGCUGGCAGUUGCAUGUGGUGCCGGCUGGGAAGCUGCGUGUGAGCUGCGUGUAAACUCAGAUGGGA